AUGCCUCGAGCUUCUGUUGGCGACUACCCCGAGCAAGGUCCUUUCACGCCUGUCGAGUGUGAUAUGAUCGAGUCUCACAUGUUGAUGUUCUGCCGCGACCACAACUUGUCGCGCGAUCAACUCAUCGGUAUGAUCCAGUCCUCGUCACGCGAAAUGAGCAAAGUCUACGUCGACCUCGCCACCGACAUCCUGCCACACCGCAACCGUCGCGCCGUGCAACGCUACUGCCGCCGCCACUACAACAACUUUCAACGCGGCCGCUGGACCGAAGAACAAGACGAACUACUGCGCACCGCAUACGCCGAGACUCCCAACAAAUGGGUCAAGAUUGGUGAGCGCGUGGGCCGUAUGCCAGAGGACUGCCGCGACCGCUGGCGCAACCACGUCUCGCUCGACCAGCGCCACACGGACGUCUGGACCCAGGACGAAGAACAGAAGCUCGCUAACGCCGUUAGCGAAUGCCUGCGCGCCGUCCAAGCAACUAUGGACACGACCCUCAGCCGCGAGAUCGAAGACGAUUACAUUGCCUGGAACGUGGUCGUGCAGAAGAUGAACGGCAGCCGCAACCGCUUGCAAUGCAGCAUGAAAUGGCGCAAAAUCAAGGCCCGCGUGAUCCGCGAAGAGACCGCACAACGCGAACGCGAAGACGCCAUUGAGCGCGGCGACAUCAUCCGCGAGCCAGAGGAACUCUACGACGACGGCAUGACCUCCCCGCACACCACCACCCGCUGGAAAGCCGAAGCCGCCCGCCGCUUCGACGAAAUGACCGUCGGCGACAUGCUCGACGUCACCCGCGAAACCCUCUACGGCGCUCAGAUGGGUGCCUUUUCCUCCAAAAACACCUUCUGGGCCGUGGUCACACGCUUGCACGGCGGUUCUCCCUGGACAACCGCCGACCGCAAGAUCGUCUACAAGCGCCUCCGCGACAACGUCGGCGACGUCCAUGACUUCAAGAGCAAUCUCGAGAACCAGGUCGCAUGGCUGGAGAGCCAUUUCGACCCUGAAGCACUGGCCGUGCGCACGGCGCCCAGGCAUCGCUUGCAGCACAAUGGCAGAAGAAGCACAGGCACCUUCCGUAGCGAGGAAAAAGUGCAAGAGAGUGAUGAAGAGGGAGACUUGACCAUGCCUUCUUUGGGCGUUGAACAGCAGAUCAAUGAGGAGAUGGCAGAUGCUGUUUCUCAUGCUGGGGACGAUGCCAAGUUUGGCGCUGAAGAAGAGGCGGAAAUGAAUGGAAAUGGUAAUGGAUAUGUUGAUGAGCAGGAGCCAGAGCAAGAGCCUGAAGUGCCUGAGUCUGAGCAUGAGGAGGCGGACUAUAACUGA